AUGGCCCGUACCACACGUUCAACAGGCCCAGCGAAGGGACAAUCGACCCUCAGCUUCCACAGCAAAGUCACAAAAAAUGUCGGGCAUAACGCCAAAAAGGCGGCUCUUUCACCAUCUGUGUCCAAAGUCGAGCUUCCACCCACGCCGGCCGAGGCCGACACCGUUGAUGAUGUUACCCCAACCCAGGUGGAAACUGAAGCGGAGGAGCUAGAGGCGGAGGAGGAGAUCGUGGAACCAGAGCCAGCAUCCGAAGCCGAGCUCAAGGCUGAAAAGAUGACGGAAGCCCACAUAAACAAGUACUGGAAGAGUAUUGAAAUGGAGAGGAUGGCGCCGCGUGUCCACCAGGAGGGCCUGUCAACUCAUGAGAAGAUCUUACGAUAUUUUGACGUCAGCUCGCAAUACGGACCUUGCAUUGGUAUCACUCGGACAAAGCGCUGGCAAAGGGCAGAGAAGCUAGGGCUCAACCCACCCAUCGAAGUCCUUGCCGUGCUGUUGAAAGAGGACAAGGACAAGAACAGGGGCUUCGAGAAGGCUCAGAUGGACAAGAUUAUGGGAAGCAUCGCUGUUGGUGCGACGGCAUGA